AUAAGGAGUGGGGCACAGCGGAGGCCAGAAGAGCACUGUUGCUUUUAGCAGGUGGAGCCAGGGGAGUUAGAAAAUAAUAAUAAAUAACAACCAAAAAACCUUGAUUGCCCGGGUCUGUGAGAAUUCAGCAUGGAAUGUCUCUCUUGUUUGCUGGGAUUUCUGCUUCUGGCUGCAAGCUUACCUCUUGAUGCCGCCAAACGAUUUCAUGAUGUGCUGGGCAAUGAAACGACUUCUGGCUAUAUGAGGAGGGAGUAUAGCCAACUCAAUGGUUGGUCUUCAGAUGAAAAUGAAUGGAAUGAAAAACUGUAUCCAGUGUGGAAAAGGGGAGACUCGAGGUGGAAAAACUCCUGGAAAGGAGGCCAUGUGCAGGCCAUUCUGACCAGUGAUUCACCAGCCCUUGUGGGCUCCACUCUAACAUUUGUGGUAAACCUGGCAUUUCCCAGAUGCCAAAUGGAAGAUGUCAAUGGCAACAUAGUUUAUGAGAAGAACUGCAGAAAUGAUACUGGUCCAUCUCCUGACCCAUAUGUUUACAACUGGACGGAGGAGGUCGACUGGGGAAGCGGCAGCGGCCCAGGCUACCACGUGUUCCCUGACGGAAGGCCUUUCCCUCACCACCCUGGAUGGAAGAGAUGGAAUUUUGUCUACGUCUUUCACACACUUGGUCAGUAUUUCCAGAAAUUAGGACGGAGUUCAGCAAGAGUUUCUAUGAACACAGCCAAUGUGCCACUUGGCCCUCAGCUCAUGGAAGUAGCUGUUUAUAGAAGACACCGACGGUCAUACGUUCCUAUUGCGAAAGUGAAAGAUGUGUAUGUGGUAACAGAUCACAUUCCUGUGUUUGUGACUAUGUACCAGAAGAAUGAUCGAAAUUUAUCUGAUGAAACCUUCCUCAGGGACCUCCCCAUUAUGUUCACUGUCCUGAUUCAUGACCCCAGUCACUUCCUCAAUGAGUCGGCCAUUUACUACAAGUGGAACUUCGGAGAUAAUACUGGUCUUUUUGUUUCCAACAAUCCAACUCUGAAUCACACGUAUGUGCUUAAUGGGACCUUCAACCUUAACCUCACUGUGCAAGCUACGGUGCCUGGACCCUGUCCUUCACCUUCACCCAAACCUCCAAAACCCACCUCUUUUUUACCAUCAGCUAGUGACAACCCCCUGGAGCUGAGGGAGACUCCUGAUGAAAUGUGCCAGAUUCACAGAUACGGUUACUUUAAAGCCACCGUCACAAUUGUAGAGGGAGUUCUAGAGGUUACCAUCAUCCAGAUGAGAGGUGUUCUGAUGCCCGCGCCCCAGCCCGCCAGCCCACUGAUGGAUUUCGUCGUGACCUGCCGAGGAGCCACCCCCACAGAAGUCUGUACCAUAGUUUCCGACCCUACCUGCCAGCGCACCCACAGCUCAGUGUGCGAGCCUGUGGACGUGGCCAUGGCCGGUGGGUGCCUGCUGACCGUGAGAAGAGCCUUCACCGGGCCUGGGACAUACUGUGUGAACCUCACUCUGGGGGACGAUACCAGUCUGGCCCUCGCGAGCACCCACGUCUCUGUCCCUGUGAGAGACCCAGCUUCCCCUUUAAGAAUGGCAGAUGGUGCCCUGGUCUCUGUCGGCUGCUUGGCCAUAUUAGUCACUGUGAUCACCCUUUUCGUGUACAAAAAACACAAGGGAUACAAGCUGAUAGAAAACAGUACUGGGAUCGAAGUCAAAGGCAGAGGCCUCAGUGUUUUCCUCAACCGUGCAAAGGCCGUGUUCCGCCCGGGAAACCAGGAAAAAGACCCACUGCUCACUCACCAACCGGGAAUUCUUUAAAUCUUCAGCUUCAUUUCUGACCAAUAGCUUACUCACAGCGCCACUUCAGUGAGCUGUGCCAGAGUUGAUAACUGUUCACUUUUUUUCCUGAAGAUUAUUAUUAAAAUAUAUAUUGUGGCUUAGGGAGGGCCAAGGGUUUGGUUGUUCUGUUUUGUUUUCUUGUUUUGUUUUGUUUUUUUAUGGGCUAAAUGACAUUUUAGAGAAGUGGAGAAGAAUUACACUGUGCACAACCUCAGCCAUGUUAUAGAACUGAUAAAACCAGUUGGCAGUGCUUGUUUUCACUAUGAUUUGUGUUUCAGUUAUAACGUGUUCGGUGAUUAGUGGGAUAGACACACUCUGUCUGAAGAGUAGGGGGCAGAAGGUACUAUUCGUUAGAGUCCCGCCACGUUCACGGAAGGAGAGGCUGGACACUUGGCAGAUAUCCUUAUAACCAAAUGCAUUACACCCCUGUAUUCCUGUCCUUGAGAUCAUGUUUCCAACCUAACUGAAUUCUACUUCAGUGAACACGCAUGAGCUCCCAACAGAACAGCAACCAGCCAAACAUGCGUCUUAUACUAAAAAAUGUGUAUAUACUUAAUCUAAUAAAUAGGUGUGAAUA